UAGCCCCUCUCCCCAUCCCAAAAAACAAGGGACAAAAAUUUAACCUAUAAUUUUGCCUAACAAAUUCUCUCCCUACCACAAAUUCCACCUAUGUAGCCCCAAAAAUUAAGGAUCUAUUUCCUCCUUUCAAUUACCAAGCCUCUCAUUCAUUCUCUUGGCCCCUACUCCCUUCUGUCUCUGAGACAUUUCACAAAGCUAGCUCCUCCAUCAUUGGUGGACAACAUGGCAAAUGCCGCAUCUGGAAUGGCUGUGGACGACGCAUGCAAGCUGAGGUUCUUGGAACUAAAAGCGAAGAGGAAUUAUCGCUUCAUCGUGUUCAAGAUUGAAAACCAACAGGUGAUAGUUGAGACGCUCGGGAACCCUCAACAAGGCUACGAUGAUUUCGCUGCCAGCCUGCCCGCUAAUGAGUGCCGCUAUGCUGUCUAUGAUUUUGAUUUUAUAACCAACGAGAAUUGCCAGAAAAGCAAAAUAUUCUUCGUUGCAUGGUCUCCGGAUAUAUCGAGAGUGAGGAAUAAGAUGGUGUAUGCUAGUUCCAAGGAUAGAUUCAAGAGGGAACUCGAUGGCAUUCAAUUCGAACUUCAAGCAACAGAUCCUAGUGAGAUGAGCAUUGACAUUGUGAAAUCGCGAGCCAUCUGCUAACUAACUUUUCUGAAAGCUUGUUGUUCCUGUUUCAGUUGUCGUCGCAAUACUACAUUCUUUGGGGGGGCUUUUUCUCUAUCUCUUUCUAUUAUAAAUGGGUUUUGUCAUCUUUUUUUUUUGCUUUUUGGCUUUCUUGAUUUGGUUCUAGUCAAAACCAAGUGGAUUUUAUAUGCCAUUUUGCAACUUAUAUUUUGUGACUACAUAAGCCUCAAUAAUGUUUACUUGAGUUUCAAUACAUAUGACAAGUGAAUGAAUCUCUCCUUCUCUUUA